AUAUAAUUAUGGGUCAACGUGUACCCUAAACAUUGGACCGUAACUAUUGUACUAUAAACAGUGUACCAUAAAUAAUGUACCAUAAAUAAAUGUACCAUAAACAAGUGUACUAUAAAAAGUGUACCAAACAGUCCCCCCCACUACUGUCGUCGCGUUUUACAUCAACGUGGUGCGGUAUAACCCUGUAGGAGCGACUUACAUUUCAUUGCCUAAAGAACUGGUGGUUAAAACAGCGAUCAUCAACGUUCAAAACAGGAAGACCUCGGAGUGCAUUCGCUGGGCGUUAAGAGCUGCGUUAGGCUUAUAUUCUGACAAAGUGAAAGUCAACUCGAAAUCAAUCCAGAUACCAGAAUUGCUGUCCAUUACGUACGUGUUAACGACUACUUGCAGCCGUAAAAAUAUUAACGUGCAGCCAAAAAUCCGGCCGGAAUUUAGUGCCAAUUUCAGCCUGGAUUCAGGCCUACAAUCGGGUAUUGGUUUUCGGAACGAAGCGUCAAUCGGAGACGAAGUCGAGUAUUGGAAAACGGCCUAAAUGUUAGUGAAGAAACAGAAUAACUGACUUAUUCAACCUCCUUGCCAGUAUGAAUAGUUCUAAGCGCAGAGUCACCUUCCAAGCUGCUGAUAACACAGAAGGGAUUCAUCCAACUGAUGAUCAGAGUGGGUUUUUUGCCAGAGGUCGAGAUUUUGAGAGUCGCUAUGUCAAUCACCAGUACACUGAGCAAGAAAAAGAACUUCUAGCUAGCUAUGAGAGUGUAGAUUAUCUGCCAUCUCAUAGUCAUGUGUAUGAAAAUUGGCUGAAACAGCAGCCUAAAAGGUUGGACUGGGAUCGAUGGGUAAUGAUGGGCCUGAUUGGCUUCACUACCGGCUUGGUUGGUUUUUUGCUGCACCAAAUGAUUGGGCUCAUUUCGACUUUGAAGUGGGAAAACACUCAGGAUUACCUUAUCCGGUCUGGUCUACCUUUAGCGUGGGUGUGGGCCACUUCUAUCAGCUUGUUGUUGGUCUUGUGUGGAAGCAUUAUGGUCGUGAUCCUCAGGCCUUCAGCUGCAGGAUCAGGUUUGCCUGAAUUGAUUGGAUUUCUAAAUGGAACUUUAGUGCGACAUAUAUUCAACGUGAAGACUCUUGCGGUCAAGUUUGCAUCAUGCAUCUGUGCUGUGUCAAGUGGGCUGCCAGUGGGUCCUGAGGGGCCAAUGAUUCACAUGGGGUCCCUGAUUGGCGCUGGAAUGAGUCAGUUCAAAUCUGACACACUGAACUUUGAUAUACCUUUCUUUCAAAGGUUUCGCAAUUCUGAAGACAGAAGAAACUUCAUAUCAGCUGGUGCUGCAGCUGGUGUUGCUUCUGCCUUUGGUGCCCCUGUUGGAGGCUUGUUAUUUGCCAUGGAAGAGGUGUCAUCUUUCUGGAGUAUGAAAUUGUCAUGGCAGGUUUUUUUCUGCUGUAUGGUUUCCACCUUUACCACUGACUUGUUCAACUCUGCAUUUCACAAUUUCAAGUAUCAAGGCCAGUUUGGUCUUUUCAAGACAAAAAGCUACAUCAUAUUUAAGGUCAUGGAAAGUCUCGAUGUUAACAUACUGAUGUUUAUCCCUACGGUUGCACUGGGAGUAGUUGGUGGUUUGCUUGGAGGAUUGUUCGUCUUCAUGAACUUAAAGCUGGCAAGGCUUAGAAGGGCCAUUAUUGCUAAAGCUAAACAACAGUGGAAGAAGAAAGCUCUAAAGAUUCUUGAACCUUGCUUCAUCAUAAUACUGUUUGCUACUGCAAGUGUCCUUUUGCCUGCUGCAUUCAACUGUAGUCCUUACUCGUGCUACCUAAAUGGAGAAAAGCUAUCGCCAGAUUCUUUCAGCCCCAGGUGUCUUGUGGAAGAAACGAGCAGCCAGACUGAGAUAGGUGUUAGCCUUUAUACAUGUCCACCUGGCAUUGUUAUCAAGGAUGAAAAUGGAAGCAUUGCAUUUUCAAACAAGUCAUUUAAUCAAGUUGCCACUUUACUUUUUUUGACUGGUGAAGAAGCCAUACAACAUCUCUUCUCAAGGCAAACCCACUGGGAGUUUAGCUAUGUGCCUCUCUUGACAGUGCUAGUCUUGUAUUUCACAAUGGCUUGUUGGUCCUGUGGAUCCAAUAUCUCAUCAGGUCUUGUUGUACCAAUGCUAUUCAUUGGAGCUCUGUAUGGACGGAUCAUUGGUAUGCUCUUAGUCUCUAUGUUUGGGGUGAAGUCUGAUGAAUACUGGGCUUGGAUGGACCCUGGGGCUUUUGCUUUAAUCGGCGCUGCUUCCUUUUUUGGAGGUGUGUCUAGACUGACAAUGUCUCUUACAGUUAUAAUGAUGGAGAUAACAAAUGAUAUUCAGUUUUUACUUCCUAUAAUGGUGGCAAUAAUGAUGGCCAAGUGGGUUGGUGACUUCAUUACUCAUCCGCUCUACCACGCCCUGCUUGAAGUCAAAUGUAUUCCUUUCUUGGAUGCUGAACCAGUCAUUGUUUACGAAGGGAAAAAUGUAAACUUGGAACUGUUCAAGACCAGGGAUGCCAUGGCAAGCCCAGUCCAUGUACUGCACUGUAAAGAGUCAGUCAGUACAAUUGCUCAGUUACUUCUAGACACUACUCAUGGCGGUUUUCCUGUGGUGAGAUCUGGCUCUGGACUGCAUACCAAUCAGUUCGUCGGACUUAUAACAAGGUUAGAGCUGAGCAUCAUGCUGAUGAAUAGUUGUCUGUUUGAAUCUGUUGAUUCCACUUGUGAAGACCUACCAGAAAUUUCUCUCCUUGAUUACCAAACAGUGAUGACAGAAAAAUUAACAGAUCCUGUGAGAACAGAGGAGUUGUUUCAUACCUACUGCGAAGAGCCACAGUAUCAGGAUCUCUACAUUAAUUUAGUACCAUACGUUAAUGUCUCGGCACCUGCAGUUCCUGAAUAUUUUUCUCUACAUCGGACAUACAUUGUCCUGCGAACCCUUGGACUCCGUCAUCUGACUGUUGUUGAUGGUCACAACAAUGUGGUGGGCAUCAUUACACGGAAGGACUUAAUGGGUUUCCAGAUUGAGGAAAAGCUUGGUGCUGUGCUGUCCAACAGAUUGGAUGAGAAUAACUGGCUCAGUCAUUUCUCUGAGAAUCCUAAUGUGGAGUUGGAUGAGAGACCCCGGCCACGCAUAUAAAGUAUACGUCGCCGAUUCCGGAGUCCCCGGCAGGAAGUGGUCAAGAUGCAUAGGUGGAAGACACAGAAAUUAGUGAUUUCAUGUUUGGGUAAUUUAAAACUUUUGCUGUUUUUAAAUUUUGAUUUUUUUCUCCAAAGUGUUUGACCUACCCAUCCACCCCAUUUUUGAUUAAAAAAAAUUUUUUUUUUUAUUCAGUAUUAUACCAUGCAUUGUAGCAGCCAUAUUGAAUGCUGCACUGCGACUCUACACACAAAUUCCUGAAACUGCACUCAAUGAUAUAAUGUUCUUCUGGAUACAAAAGCUCCUUUUUCGCAUGCCCGGCUGUUUUCCCAUUGACUGUGUACAAUUAAAUUUGAUUACAGCAUGCUCAUUGGCAACACUUCCAAAUGCAUGGAAAUUGAUGUGGAAUUUUUUAACACAGUGAGUGGUUCAUCAGCUGGAAAAGACCGGCCAUCACUUCCUGAGCCUGGCAACGGUCCAACAGAAAUAGGGCUUCAAUGGACUGCCGAAAAUACGUGCAUAACUGACACCUUGAUGUGGAUACAUGAAAUUGAAAAAAACCUAUGCAUAAAGAGCAAUAUAAUUUUGUAAAGUAAGUCGCGAUAAUGUCUCUGAAGUUUUUAAUCAUUUUGUGUUUUCGAGUUGUCAAAAUUUGGAAUGUAUUAUAUUGCCGUAGGUGUCACUGGCUCCAAGCCAUUCCAAGUUGUUCUCACUAUUUCUAGCAGUCAGAACCAGUUCUUUUCAAGUGCUUCCACAACAAAAUUCGCGUAAUGUAAGUAGCUUCCCCUUUUGGGGGGGGGAAGCUGCAAUUUGCAAAUUACCAAUGAUGAUGGCUGAUUUAUAUUUGACUCCUACAUCCUUACCUACACAAUUUCAAUUCACUGUAAGUACAAAUUGUUCCAUUUUUUCCUGAGUUUCUCAGACUCAAUCUUUCCUUCACCCUCCAACAUCUUGGCAAUGCCACUGAAAAAAUUAAAAGUACAUAUAAAUGUAAAAAGGGAGAGGAAUAGGAGAGGAAAGGAGACAAGAACAGAUUGACAUGCAAUUGCAAUACUGUCCCUAUCAUUAAAGACAGAGGGAGGAGAAUACAUGUAUUUGGAAAUAUGCAGCCCUGAUCAACCAAAAUCUGCAUUUAUAGAAGGCUUUUCCCAGAUUUUCUGCACCAGAACCUGAUUUUUUUUCAUGCUUUUUAGAUAUGAAUACAAUUGGAUCUCUACUUUUCAUGACAUUGUUGGACUAAUUCAUUUUUUGAUCUGAAAGUGAUAUGUGCAUAGUAAUCAAUUGACCAGUGAUGACAAAAUUACCUGUAGAUAGCUUGGUGUGGCCUUUGGUCAGCACUGAAUUGUUGAAUGUGCUGAACACGAAGGCUGAUGAAUUUUAAACUCAUUUCCUCUGUCCCUUUGAAGAAAGAAACCCUAAGAAAUCUACAAUGUAUUUCAUUAUACAGGAGGCAAAAUGUCUGCUUUUGUUCUUUUUGAUCGGGUAACAUUUUUUACAAAGCAAAAGCUAAAGAGUUCGAACAUACCAACAUAUAAAAAUAAAAAAUGGAGUGGACGGAACAGAACAAACGAAAAACCUUAAGGAUUUGGAUGGCUUACAAUCAAGGGGCAUUAGAGGAAAGCAGACAAGACACCUCAUUGCAUCAAAGAAAACUUUGCUCAUUAGCAAAAAGUGUUCAAACUAAUGGUGCCUCAGAAACUGGAAAUACCAAAGAAUUUCUUUUUUGCCUGUUUAAUGUUUAACAUCCAGUAAAGGGAUGAAAAGCAACACAAAUAGAUUUAUUUUGACACAUUUCCCCCAUUAUGUGAGAGAACCGUCUAAUUCAAAAUGCAGAAAAAAUAGGGCCUGGGGCUAAUCCCACAAAGUUAAGGCACUACUGUAGUGGGCCUCGAGUGGUAGGUUGCUCUGUUUUUUAUUUUUUAAAAGAGGAGUACAAGUGGCUCACUUAUAGUGGGACUAGCCCUCGGCUUAUUUUGGUUAUUACUCAGGACAUUGCAAAGUCAGAAUCAGAACAUAACAAGACUAUAUUAUAUUUGUUUAAACCUGUGACUACUACUAUCAACAUCUUAUAAAGUUACAUCACCUCCUUCCAAAGAAAAAGAGACAAUUUGUGGGUGCAUUUAGACCUCAGCUCAGCCCCCAUUCCAAGUAACUGACCAAGCUUUAUCAAGACUUGACAGUGACCAUCAAGUGUCUUACUCAUUGACCAUGUACUACAUGCACUUUCUAGGCACUUAAGGUGCAUCCUACGUGAAUGUUGUUUACACAAUUCUAACGUUACAGUAGCCCGUAUUGUCUGCCUUCAACAUACAAACAGACUCUGUCAAAUGAAAAAGCUGGGUGAAAGAUGAAUUCUUGUUUUUGAUUUUUUUUUAAAUGGGUUAAUGCAUUCCAAACUUAAGUUCACCCAAAAUCAGCAAAAUCCUUCCCAAAAUUGAAUGAAAGCCCCAAAAACAUUUUUAAAAUGAAUUUAAGUAUAUAAAUUACUACUACUAGUGUGUUAAAGACAACAUUUCUGCAUAUUGGCCACCUGGUAAGGUAUUUCGUCAAACACGAAAUGUGUAUCAUUUUGCAUGGCCGAGUAUGAGACUGUCAAAAAGUGAUCAUAUACCAAUUUCAAGGAUGGAGACACUGAAAAUAAUGCACAAAUGACCAAGUGGUGCUCAUUAAUUUGCGUAAACCAUACAACUUUUGUUGUAAGGGGUCAAUUGUAACGAAAAUUGGUAUGCAGGUUUCCUCCAUGAUGAUGGGUCUGCAAACACGAUAUCAAUUAAUUACCUCCUCAAUUAUGCAAAUUAGCUUUGUAGUACUAAUUAGUAUGCAUAAAUGUCAUAAUUUCCUAUCUGAGAAACCUAUUCUGAUGACGUAAAGAUAUACAAGCUACCUGUUUUAAUACUAAUUAGAUUGAUUAUGGAGGGAAAUGAAGAUUUACGUCAUUAAGCACAUAAUUUAAUGAUGUCAUUGUCAUGGAAAUUAGGUAUCUAAAAACCAAAAUCAGUUCGACUCAUUAAUAUGCAUAAACAUUGUAACUUGAGGUCUGAGUGGUCAAUUCUAAUUAAAUUUGGUAUGCAAGUAUCCUCUAUUUAGAUGAGUCUACAAGCAAAAUACCAAGUAAAUACCUCAGACAUUAUGAAAAUUAGUUUUGUGCAGCUAAUUAAUAUGCAUAAAUGCUAAAAUCUCCUAUGAGUACACUUACUCAAUAGUGUAUACAGACUUUCUGUUUGAAUGUUGAACUGAUUAUUUGUAAAAACAAAAGGAAAAUUUACUUAAUAAUAAAGGUAAUUAAGUGUUUUGAGUGGUACAGUGGUAAUUAAGUAGGAAGGUUAAAUAAUGUUUGUUAACAUGAUUCCAAGUACUCAUUUGUGACAAAAUCAAACAUAUUCAGAUUUGGUAAUUAAACAUACAUUACCUUAAAUAAACAUAA